GACAGUGUCUGUCUUAGGGGUUGUUUCUGCCUGUAUUUAUAGCACAUGUGUUACCCGUGUGCAGGUGCCAAUUUGGAAGAGCUCUUGCCAGCACUUCUGCUCAGCUCUCUCUUCCUCUGUGUGAAACCCCAGGGUGCUCAAGCAAGCUGAGAACAGAUGUGGCUGUUUUGGGGACCGGACCUGAACCGAAUCCGCUGUGAUGUGCCCUUCACAGAAGCCAUCAACCAAAGGAUGCAGGUUCCCAGGAGACUGAGGGUAGCAGACAGCUUCAGCCCUGUGGAUGAGGAGCUGGUGACAGAGGAUGUCCCUCCUUCCCUUCGGAUGUACAUCCCUGAUAGGAUUUCUCUUGCAGAUACACCAGAUGCCAGUUUGAGGCCCAUGCUGCUGACCCAGGAAAGGGGGGUUCCCUCUGUCACGUCCCUGGACGCUGCACAGCCCACCUGCCGCGGGGAUGCCGCUUACCUGCACAUCACCAGCAGAUCAAGCUCCCAGAAGCGCAAGCGAUUGGGCCACCACAACAGCAAGUCGCGGCGGGAGAAGACUCCAAGUGACAGUGCCCUGCUGGCCACGCACAGCCCAGGCCAGCACCAUCAGCGGCUGGACCCAUGCCCCCUGCCCGUGUGCAGUGCCCCAUUCCCCCUCCUCACGGGGACAGGCAGGAUCUACUCCAUGCAGAACAUCUUCCAGACCAUGUACCUCCUGGGCCAGAUGCUCUUCCACCAGGUCCAGAGCUCCCUGCAAGACCCAGUGCCAUCCAGUGGGAUCCUCACCUGCUGAUGUAUAUGAGAUCAUCCUUCCCUUUCAGCAUUGGCCCUGUGAUACGUAUU